AUGACUAUCACAAGCACAGCAUUAAUCAAAGACGAUUUUAAUUUAUUGGUUCCAAUUCACGACCCGUCGAAGCCACUAGAUAUAACGCAGCUAACCCACACCAAGUCUUCACCAUAUGUGGAGCCAGAUCAUUUACUAGAUCUCUCCAGUCUAAGCGAUGAAUAUCGCGUUCUCGCUUUGGCUUUGCAAUCAUUUCAUCCUAUAAAUAAUCACAACUAUGCCAAUUCAACUUACCUGGAAGCAUUUAAUAUAGAUGUGAUCUUAGAGCUUGUGAGAGAAUAUUCGUUUCAAUUGAAUAUACUAUUUCCUUCGACUACUGUUUAUAUUAUUGUGUUUCGAUCUGCUUUAUAUGAAGAAGUUAGAAACUCUUCUGAAAAGCGUCAAUUCUUAGCAGAUAUCGAUAAAGCUUCCCAUGAAGAAGCGAAUGAAUCAGGUGGGCUACUUAAAUACUGGUUUGGAACUCCUGACGAUACUGAUGGAAGAAAUCUAGCCACCUGCUGGUGGAGAAAUCGAGAAGAUGCAAAAUUAGGUGGUGGUGGAAAAGCCCAUCGGAAAGGUAUGAGAGAAGUAAAGAGUUGGUUUAAGCAUUGGCAAGUAGAAGAAUAUACCUUGAAGAUUUACGAACGAGCUAGUGGCUUUUCAUUCGACACGGCCUAA